AGCUGCGAUCCCGCCGGGGCACGGCCGCGCCGGCCAUGGAGCCCUCGCCCAAAGACGGCGAGGGCGCGGCGGCCGCCGAGCCCAGCCGGGGCGGCACGGCCCCGUCCAGCGGCGUGGUGGUGCAGGUCCGAGAGAAGAAGGGCCCCCUGCGCGCCGCCAUCCCCUACAUGCCCUUCCCCGUGGCCGUCAUCUGCCUCUUCCUCAACACCUUCGUGCCGGGGCUGGGCACUUUCGUGUCGGCCUUCACCGUGCUCUGCGGGGCCCGCACCGACCUCCCCGACCGGCACCGGUGCUGCGUCUUCUGGCUCAACAUCGCCGCCGCCCUCAUCCAGAUCCUCACGGCCAUCGUCAUGGUGGGCUGGAUCAUGAGCAUAUUCUGGGGCAUGGACAUGGUCAUCCUGGCAAGCUACAAGGAGCAGGGGAUCCCACAGCAGCUCUAGUGGCUGGGACAAGUAUGGUCAGAGAAACGCGGCGAGAGAUUUCCUUUGGCAGCCGUGGGCCACGGACCUUUUCAUUACCCUUUGUCUCUCUUCUUGUCCCCUUUGUUUUGUCUCCCUGUGCCUGCCCGUGCAGCGGAGCGGAGAUGCAGAGCAGCCGGAGCAGACUUGCACUGACGCCCCCAGGCAGCCGAGAUGAGGCGAGCACGGCUUGGCUUGGACUGGUCCCGGCCGACCAGGAGGACGAGGGUGCCAGGACAAGGACACACCCUUGGCAGAGGUGGCACCUGCGUGGGCAGCUGAACCAAGGGAGGGGGAGAUCCUGCCUUCCCUCUGCUCCCAGGGGGAGGUCGCUGAAGAUGUUUUGCCUCCUUUUUGUGCUCGCUGUUAAAGGAUGCUGGCUGUGAACAUCAAAUGCCAAGGAGCUGUUCAUAGAUACACAUACCGGAUGUAAAAGCAAACCAGUGGUACUUCCUUCCUGCCCUGAGAUUCCAUCUGUGACUGCUUUGCAGCAGUGGAGGGUCCAACCCAGCCCCCUCUGCUGCCUGUGUAUAUGAUGUUCACUGAAGCUCUGUCCCUGCAGAUGUCUUGAGAAACGUGCUUGCUGUAAAUCGUAUUGUACUGCUGACGUGACUGGGGCCACCCCCUGCUUCCACCCGCUGCCACCAUGCAAGGACCAGAGCUCCCACCAGCCCAGGGGACACUUUUCCUAGCACAGGACUGGUGUCCUGCAGCGCCUUGCCUCUAGGGCAGCAAGUACUGCCCAAAGCCUCUUGUAUAAAACAAUACUGGGGGAGCCAAAGAACCUUUCCUGCCCCUGGAAGGGACUUGCUGGCAGUGUCUCCAUGCUUUGGAAACGGAUCCCCUUAGAGCACGACGAGUGCUCCUGGCUGAAGCAGCAUCCCAGCUCUGCUUGCCCAGGGUAAAAUUAACAACCCAGCGCUUUCACACCUCCUUCCGAAGCACUGCAGAGGGGACAACACCUCCAUCUCCUGUGGGAGCUGUGACCAGCUGCAAACCAGCACAGCCAGAGGGCCCAGCCAAAGCCCCUCCUCUGGUCCAAAGAGCAUGGCCCCCAGCUAUCCCAGCACCAUCAGCUGCUUUGUAAAUGUAGAUGUUUGACAUGUGAGUUUUACAGCUAAAGAGUGAUCGUGGGCAAUGAAGAAUAAAUGCAGUUGCUUCACCCCCAUCUGCCAGCAACACCGAAUUUUUCUGCUGCUCCUUUCUGAUUGUGAAAACCAGGUUUCUCAAAAAAAAAAAAAAACAACCCCAAAACCAACAACCAAAACAAAAAAACAAAAAAAAAAGGGCUUUAAUGAAAUAGCUUCUUGGUACUUGAACCAGCUGAGCUGAACAACUGAUUUACUACUCACUGGAAAGCAAUUCCAGGUAGGAACCAACCCAGUGAAAAAACAGCUUCAUCCUGGGUCAGCCCAGCCAUUGCACUGCAUGGCACAGUAACAUUUUUCCAAGUUCACUGGUGUUGCCAAACCCAUAUUUACCAUGGAAAAGGUGCUUUGGCAGGUGACCCCCACCCUCCCAGCCUUUUGCCUGGUUGGCCAUCCCUGGUGCAGGGGGUUUGGGGUUGCUCACAGCUGGGAAGGUCAGUGGGGCUUUGUGCUGGGAGCAGCUCUGCCACACGCAGCCACGGGGUCAGGAGAGUCAGAUGUGAGAGGGGACUCCAUUUGUGCCACACCCCGUGCUUCCCAAGACACAAAGCUGCAUGUCUCUCCCUGUGUGCAUUGACUGGCACACAUUUUAUUAAAGACCUUCCAGUUGUGCUGGAAAUUGUCCCCUAAGUCUUGCUGUGAGCAUUGUGCUGAGCUCUGUGGGCAGGAAGCUGAAGCUCAAAGACCCAGUAAUCUCCAGAGGGCUGUUUUAUUCCUUGCCUCCUGCUUGCUUUGGGCUGACCCUGCAGUUCACACACAUGCAUACACUCCAGCCAGAAUGCAUUUUACUGCUGCCCAGCCCAAACUGCAUCCACUGCAAGACACCACCAAGAGUUCCUUGACAUCUAACCCGAGGUACAAAUUGAUCCUGGCUAGAUCUGAUAUUCCUCCCAGGUAAAAGCAAUGUCUUCUCCCACAUGCUUGCUAACCAUGGUGUGGCAACAUAGCCCUGUAUUUUCCAGCUGACUUUGCUUCGUGCUCACACACACAACGCACUUUGAAGCAGUGCUACAAUUUAUUUCCCAGACUGGCACUCAGCGUUCCCAUCCCUCUAUGGGAGCAGCAUGGUGCAAAACCCCAGGUCACAGUGGCACCAUCGGAAGCAGGGUUCAUUACAGUGAAUUCCACCAGAGCUCAUGGUAACCACAACCCAUCAUUCCUCCUCCUGUCAUCUGUAUGAAUACCUAAGCCAGGCUAAAAUCAAGUCCUGCUUCUCUUGCACCCACCCAAGCGGCCACAGGGAAGCAGCAAUGCCCUGUCCCCACUGCUGGAAUGGUGCAGUGAGAAGUGAAGGUUUUGCUCAGGCUCUAAAAUGGCAAAGGCCAGAGCAGCUCAAUCCAUCUUGCAGCUCUGAGAAUGCUUUCAAUAGGCAGGUGGGAGGGAAUGGCACAUUUUAGCUUGGGAUCACAACAGACCUGUACCAGCACUGCUGGAGGUGAUGGCAGUGCUCCCCCAGACCCCCAGCAAGUGAUCCCACCGUGGCUCACAGCCCUCCUUCACUCACCACAUACCAGCACAGGCACUGCUCCCAAGGCUGGCAGGGGGAUUGCUGGCUCAAGGCUGUGUGCUCUGUGGUUUUGGCCGUGCUUGGGUAGCUCAGAUUUUCCACCUUAGGAAGGAGGGAGCUGGGGCCUGCCCACCUAUGCCAUUUGCAACUUGCUGGUGAGCCCACCUUUCCUUUUCAUACUGGAGGCCAAACUGAGGGGUUGCAGAGGACCAUUUGUAUGCCUGUUUAUAUCACUGAGUAUUGGAUUGUGACUUCUUGUGUUUUGAUACUGUGGAUAUUUUUUUUUAAAGUUAAAUAUAUUCUAUUGCUGGACA